AUGACAAUUCAACAGAAAACGAUUACUAUCUUUGGAGGCACAGGCAACCAAGGCAAUGCCGUGGUGCAAUCUCUUCUGGCCCACAAGGACAAAGCAUUCCAUGUCCGAGUCAUAACUCGGGAUCCCACCGGUCCAGUAGCACAGGAGCUGGCUGGGCUGGGAGCAGAGCUAUACAAAGCCGACGGAUUCAACAAAGAACAGAUUACAGCCGCCUUUCAGGAGAGCUGGGGCGCAUUUAUCAACGUCAACUCAGAUGAGUCUGGAGAGAGAGAGGCCCUGGAUAGUCCCAAUUCCUACGACCUGUCUAUCUCAAUCCUCGACGCAGCUCAAGCCGCAGGAACUGCCCACGUAGUGUACAGUUCCGGGGCGAAUGUCAACCGUGCCACCAACGGACGGAUUCACAUUCCUGGCUUUGACUGCAAAAGCUAUGCAGCAGAGUACGCGCAGCAGCGAGGAUACUUCACAACAUUUACCCCUCUUCUUCCCGCCUCCUUCAUGGAAUGCUGGAUGGAUGAAUCUUUCUGCAAGACCUGGGGCGGCUUUCCCUGGUUUGGAGAAGAUGGGCAUGACAAGAACGGAGUUGUUCUAUCAGCCCCUCCUUAUGGUGGAGAUGGGCGCAUGCCUUGGGUGAGCCUGCAGGAUGAUUUCGGAGACAUUGUCCAUGGAAUUUUCCUCAAUCCUACUCAGUAUCAUCAUCGGCCUGUACAGGCCAUUAGUGGGAUGAUUCGCUAUGAGGAUUUGGCUAAAGCGUUUACCAAGGCAACGGGCAAACCCGUUGGUUACCAGCCUAUGGAAUCAUGGAGAGACAUUCCUCAGGACGGUAGCCACCUUCGGGAUGAAUGCCAGCUGAUGUUCUUUUACAUGCAAUUCUGCGGUGGGCGGUGGUUCGCAGAGCAUGUUAGCGAUGACACCGACGCGAAAAAAUGCAAAGCAGCUGGUAUGGAGGCUAGGGGACUGAAUGGUAAAGGUUUGGCUUGCUUUGAAAAUUGGUUCCGACGAGCGGCUACACAACGAGUCUAG